UUGCGUAAUGACAUUUUAUUUCGCGCCAAAAAUUAAGAUCGGUAAACACGAUUAGAGACCUUGGUGGGAAACAUUUGCUGUGCACUGUUUUGUAUUUUUUGUUUGUUUUGAGUAAUAACAAUUACUGUUGGCUACAACUAUAUAAAAUGCCCGGAACUCCCUUAGAAGAAUCACCCCCGGCCUCUCCAAGAGAACCCUUUGAAGAUGAAGCAUUACUAGGAGAUGAAGAUCUCAAUGUGAAUAUGGAGGAGGAGGAUGGAGAAGAAUUGUUUGGAGAUAACAUGGAAAAUGAUUAUCGUCCUAUGCCACAUUUGGAUCAUUACGAUGAGCGGAUAUUGGAUGACGAGGACUAUGAUGCUAUGUCAAUUGAUGCCCGUGUGGCAGCAGAAGAAGAAAUGCGGAGAAGAGAUCGUGAGAUGGGCAUUUUGAGAAGAGAUGAUAGAGAAUUGUUUUAUGAUAGAGAUGAUGAGGAUGAUCCAAGGCAAAGAAGAAAACAGGCAGAAAAGGCUGCCACUGGUGUAAUAGAUGAUGAAGAAAUGAUUGAGUCAAUCGAAAAUUUGGAAGACACCAAGGGUUAUACAAUAAAAGAUUGGGUUGUGAUGAUGGGUCCUAGAACGGAAAUUGCCAAUAGAUUCAAAAACUUCUUGAGAACCUAUGUCAAUAGUCGAGGACAAUACAUCUAUAAAGAAAAAAUAAGGAGAAUGUGUGAAAAUAACCAAUCCAGCUUUACUGUUGAAUUUCCAAAUCUAGCAAACAAGGAGCAUGUGUUAGCUUACUUUUUACCUGAAGCACCUUUCCAAAUGCUGGAAAUUUUUGACGAAGUAGCAAAGGAUAUUGUUCUUUCCAUGUAUCCAAGUUACAACAGAGUUACAAAUGAAAUUCACAUUAGAAUUUCAGGUUUACCUUUAAUAGAAGAGUUGCGAACUUUUAGAAAAUUGCAUGUUAACCAAUUAGUGAGGACUUUGGGAGUAGUCACAGCGACAACUGGUGUAUUGCCUCAGCUUUCUGUUGUGAAAUUUGACUGUACUAAGUGUGGGUUCAUAUUAGGACCUUUUCCUCAAACACAAGACCAGGAGGUUCAACCUGGUGCAUGUCCUGAGUGCCAAAGCAGCGGACCUUUUACUAUUAAUAUGGAACAAACCUUGUAUCGAAACUACCAGAAAAUAACACUUCAAGAAUCCCCGGGUCGUAUACCAGCUGGUAGAGUGCCACGUUCAAAAGACUGCAUUCUUCUAGCAGAUCUUUGUGACCGUUGCAAACCUGGGGAUGAAGUUGACAUAACUGGAAUUUACACCAAUACUUAUGAUGGCUCCCUUAAUGUUGAUAAUGGGUUUCCUGUGUUUUCUACUGUUAUUUUUGCUAAUCAUUUGGUUGUUAAGGACUGCAAGCAGAUUGUACAGUCUCUGACCGAUGAUGACAUUAGUGCUAUUAUUAAAAUGAGUAAAGAUCACAGAAUAGCGGACCGAAUAAUUGCGUCCAUUGCGCCCUCCAUAUAUGGACAUGACUAUAUUAAAAGAGGGUUGGCUUUGUCUUUAUUUGGCGGGGAACCAAAAAAUCCUGGUCAAAAACAUAAAAUUCGUGGUGAUAUAAAUGUAUUGAUAUGUGGAGAUCCAGGUACAGCCAAGUCUCAAUUCUUAAAAUUUGUGGAAAAAAUUGCUCCUAGAGCGAUAUUUACCACUGGACAAGGGGCUAGCGCUGUUGGUUUAACAGCAUACAUUCAUAAAAAUCCUGUGUCCAAAGAAUGGACUCUCGAAGCUGGUGCCUUAGUAUUAGCAGAUCAAGGUGUAUGUUUGAUUGAUGAGUUUGAUAAGAUGAAUGACCAAGAUCGAACAUCAAUUCAUGAGGCAAUGGAGCAGCAAUCAAUUUCAAUAUCAAAAGCGGGCAUUGUGACUAGUUUGCAGGCAAGAUGUUCAGUGAUUGCAGCCGCUAAUCCCAUAGGGGGCCGUUAUGAUGCGAGUAUGACAUUUGCAGAGAAUGUCAAUUUGACAGAUCCAAUUUUAUCACGUUUUGAUAUACUUUGUGUCGUAAGAGAUGAAGUUGAUCCAAUACAAGAUGAACAUUUGGCCAGGUUUGUAGUGGAUUCACAUAUUCGACAUCACCCUUCAAAGAAGGGUGAUGAUGAAGAGACUGAAAUGAAUGAAAUGCAAGUGCCUCAGGAGAUGUUAAAAAAAUAUAUUGUUUAUGCUAGGCAAAACAUACAUCCGAAAUUGCAAAACAUGAAUCAAGACAAGGUAGCAAAUAUAUAUAGCCAGCUGAGACAGGAAUCUUUAGCAACUGGCAGUCUCCCGAUAACUGUUCGUCAUAUUGAAAGUAUUAUUCGCAUGAGCGAGGCAUAUGCCAGGAUGCACCUUCGAGAAUAUGUUCAGGAAGAAGAUGUGAAUAUGGCGGUAAGGAUGGUGUUAGAGAGUUUUGUUGAAACUCAAAAGUACAGUGUCAUGAAGUCUAUGAGACAGGUGUUCCAAAGGUAUUUGUUGUACAAGAAAGACCAUAGUGAAUUGCUAUUUUAUAUUUUGAGACAGUUGGUGCAGGACCAACUCACAUUUCAACGGGCUACAAAUGAUACUGAAGUUUUAACUAUAGAAAUUGAUGAGAAGGAUCUCAUCGACAAAGCAAAGCAAAUUGACAUCCAUGACCUGAAGCCAUUUUAUCAGAGCAGAAUUUUUGAAAGCAAUCACUUCAGUUUUGAUGCUAAGCGAAAAGUUAUUGUCCAUACUGUGCCGGAAACUUUAACAGAGGAAUAGAUUUU